CGUCUCAUUCCUCCUUCUGCCGACGCCUGGGACACACCUCAGCAGCCAACUGCAGGAACAUGUCUGACUUCUCGGAAGAUCAAAUCCUUGAGUUUAAGGAGGCAUUCCUGCUGUUUGACAAGACAGGAGAUGCGAAGAUCAGUUUUGGCCAGUGUGGUGAUGUUAUGCGGGCCUUGGGACAGAACCCUGUUAAUGCUGAGGUGCUCAAGGUCCUGGGCAACCCCAAGGCUGAGGAGAUGAACAUCAAGAUGCUAGACUUUGAACAGUUCCUGCCCAUGUUACAGGCCAUUGCUAAGAAUAAAGAUCAAGGCUCCAUGGAGGAUUUUGUUGAGGGACUACGUGUCUUUGACAAGGAGGGCAACGGCACAGUAAUGGGAGCAGAGCUCCGCCACGUCCUCACCACACUAGGUGAGAAAAUGACAGAGGAGGAAGUGGAGACACUGUUAGCGGGACAUGAAGAUGCAAAUGGCUGCAUCAAUUAUGAAGCCUUUGUUCGCCACAUCAUGUCAGGCUGAGGGCCGGUACGGGCAUUGGAACUGGUCAGGAUGGUGAUGAACGGGUGAAGAUGAUCAGCAUCCUUCUUUUUUUAAAAACCUGUCACAUGUACCCUCUUUUUGCAGUUGGCUUCCACAGUGCUGGCCCCACCUUCUUUCCAUUGAUUCGUUUUCCACAUUUAAUUUAAGAAGUGCCUUUUGCAUUCCUUACUAAAGACCACAAGUAAUUCGGCUAUUUCUCUCAAUUAUGUUGUUUGCAUUUAAAUAAAUGAUAUUCCUGAAAACAAA